UACGGGGGCGGUUCUUGAAGCAAGCAACAAUGGAAUUAGCGCCAGAGAUUGCUAGCAAUCCUUUGUACUAUCCUUAUUUCAAGGUAAUACACUCAAGAACAUACAGUGAUCUACAUGAGUAAAAUAGUUAUCCUAUUGAUUAAUAGUCAACUUGUAAAAUUAUAUAGGAUUGCAUUGGCAUGAUAGACGGGACCCACAUUGACGCUACGCUUCCUGCUAGCAUUGUGGCCCGCUUUAGAGGCCGUAAAGGUGUGACUCAAAAUGUUCUAGCCGCCUGCACCCCAAAUAAGUUAUUUUCAUAUGUUCUCGCCGGUUGGGAGGGGUCUGCAAAUGAUUAUAGAGUACUACAAGAUGCACUUUCAAGACCUCAACCUCAUGGCCUGAAAGUCUACGAUGGCAAAUAUUAUUUGUGCGAUGCGGGGUACACCACCAUGCCUGGAUUCAUCUCCCCUUAUCGUGGUGUACGUUACCAUUUAAAUGAGCACAGGGGUAGGCCAAUAAAUAACAGAAGAGAGUUAUUCAAUCUAAGACAUUCAUCGCUACGGUCUAAAAUUGAAUCAACCUUUGGAUUGUUGAAGAAUCGUUUCAAAAUCCUCACUGCAAAGCCACAUUAUCCUUUUCCAACCCAAGUUGACAUAGUAUUGGCUUGUGCUAUACUCCAUAACUACAUUGCUAUAGUCGACCCGGAGGAUGACUUAUUAAAUGAGGACAUUACCAUUGAUGAUGACGAUGUAGAAAUAGCUACUGAGGGGGAAGGUGCCAAUCUUGUUGACUUUUCUCAAAAUGUAACACAAAGAGAAGAAAGAGAUGCAAGGAAUGAAUGGAAAGAGAAGAGGGAUGACAUUGCAAGUGCUAUGUGGCUAGACUAUUGUAAUAAAUAUCGUGGCGGUGACACAACCGAAUGUGGUUUGUAA